ACAUAAACAAUGUUUGUAUCUCAAGAAAGGAUAUGCUGUCCCGGCUAGUAUGGGAUGGCUAUGGAAUGCUCAGGACGUACCGGGAAUGAAGAUAAAGAUAAGAAUAAGAAGAAGAAAAAGAAGGGUAGCAGACCGGGAGCCGAUUUGGGAGGUGGUGACUCGGAGCCCGAGGAACCACUGGAUCCUAAGCCAGCUUUGAAAGUACAGAGGAAAGGUGAUGUCUUUACUAUUCAGGUAAAUCCUUUAAAAGACUUAACAGAAAUAGCGCCAAAUGAAGAUCCAUACGUUGAUUGCGAUCCCAUGGUUUUUAAAAUAAUAAAAAAACGCAGUCCGGAGGAGCAAGCUAAAGUCGAGGCUCGCAGAAUGGUGAAAUUAAAAAAACAACGUGACGCCGAGAUCAGGAAAGCUUUAGCAGAAGCAGCCGAAGAUAUAUGCAAAUGUGCAUACAUGGAUGUGUAUUGCAAUGAUUUGACAGCUAUUGAUAAAGUUAUAGACAGUUGUCCAGCUUUUAAAGAACCAGAGUGUAUAUGCCAUGAGGAAUCUUUAAGUUCCCUCUCAAGCAAUGCAACAUGGGAUAUAGAAUACACUCCGCCAUUUGGUUGCUUCGACUUGGCGCCUAGGAAGCGGAAAAACUAUAUUCACGUUGAAACACAGUAUAAUUCAGCCGAUGCCGGAAUAGUUGAUUCGCCAAAGAUUAAGUGUAAGAGAUCUUAUACGUCCGUUAAGCCGAAGAAGAGACUGUCUAAAAAAAAUUGUUGUGGUUGCUCCCCAACCUUAAUUGGAGAUAACUGAUUUUAUUUGUGAUAUUUAUUGGUGACAUGACAAAUUAAAAAAGUGUGAUUUCUUUAGUUUGCUUCUAUUUUAGUUAAUUUAAUGCAAUUAAGUUAAAUUGCUUUAUAUUUUUUACAA